AUGGGAGCUGCAAAGCGCGUUGCCGUCAUCGGAGCCGGCCCUGCAGGUGCCAUCACAAUCGAUGCUCUUGCGCAGGAGAAAGCAUUUGAAGUAAUUAGAGUCUUUGAGAGACGCGAAGGUCCUGGCGGAUGCUGGCUUGGGGAGACGAAAACGCCGCCAAUUGUCCAGCGCGAUGAACUCAACCUUCUCGGCACACGCAAAGCGGACCCAAUUUACCCUUUCAUUCCUUCCAAACUACCAGCUCAGACCCCGAAGCUUCCAAAUCCUCGUUAUACAGAGUCUACAGUAUAUCCGUACCUCGAAACCAACGUCGACUUCUUGCCGAUGCAGUUCACCCAAGAGCCGUUCCCACAAAAACAGUCAGAGUGGUCUGUUUCUGUGCACGGCGCCGACACGCCUUUCCGGCACUGGUCGCUAGUGCAAGACUAUGUACGGUCUCUUGUCGAAAGAAGAGGCUAUCAAGACUUCGUGGAGUACAACACCACUGUCGAGAAAGCCGAGAAGGAUGAAGAGACUAGAGAGUGGAGGCUGAUUCUACGCAAAGACGGCGAGAAGACAGAUUACUGGUGGGAGGAGAGGUUCGAUGCUGUCGUUGUGGCAUCAGGUCAUUACAGCGUGCCUUACAUUCCAUUGAUCCCGGGUCUUGGGGACUUUGCGAAAAGGAAACCUGGAAGUGUGAUCCACAGCAAGCACUUCCGUGGCCGUGAUGCUUACAAGAACAAGAGAGUUGUCGUUGUAGGCGCUUCUGUUUCCGCAGCAGACAUCGCCUUCGACCUGACCUCGACUGCUCAAGCUCCGGUGUACGCUGUGACUGUUGGCCACAACUUCAACGGUUACUUCGGUGGGGAAGCAUUCAACCACCCGAAGAUUACGAAGGUCCCAUCCGUAUCGCAAAUCGAUCCCAGAACCCGCACCGUACACUUUGUCGAUGGCACUUCCGUCGCUAAUGUUGACAACAUCAUUUUUGGAACUGGCUACACCUGGACCUUGCCCUUCUUCGAUUCGUUCAACGGUAGGAGAACAGCGCCAAAGCCAACUAAUAACCGAGUGCCGGACUUGUAUCUGCAUGUCGUCUAUCGGCCAGACCCGACUCUGCUCUUUGUUGGGGCUGUCAAUGCUGGCUUGACCUUCAAAAUCUUUGAGUGGCAAGGCGUAUUGGCAGCUAGAAUACUUGCUGGACGGGCAAAAUUGCCACCAGUGGAAGAGCAGAAACGAUGGGAAGAUGAUCGCGUGGCAAAGCGUGGGGACGGCGCCAAGUUUGCUUUGGUGUUCCCUGAUUUUGAAGAGUAUUUUGAGACUGUCAGAAAGCUUGCUGGUCCUGCAAAUGGCUGCGGCAGAGAACUUCCACCAUUUAAUAAGUUCUGGUUUGAGCGAUUUAUGGCCGGCCAUGAGCGACGUAAAGAAAUGUGGAGGAGGCUGAAUGCGGAGGCCAGGGAGACUUCAGAGCAAGGAAAAGUAAGAGAAGUUCGCGCCAAGUUGUGA